AUGGUAGCCGGAACGACCUAUUACCUUACAGAUUAUAAUAGUUUUACGAAAAACAAACAUUUUCCUUACUGGAAAAUAGGUGGUACAACCCUUGUACCACCGGUUGUUCAACAACUUUAUAUUAAAAAUCAUGAUAUACAUAGUAUUCGUAUUAUCUUAUCUACUUUUGAUCAUCCAUCUGUUUUUCGAUUACGUGAAGCAUGGCGAAUGUUUCGUGUACAAAAGCCAAAGUUCUAUAGAGCAUUGAAAUAUCUUUGGAAUGUUCUUAGUCAAGAAAAUAAUUGGGAUGAUUAUCAUUCAUGGCUUGAACAAAAAUUUAUUAAAGAUUGUCUAAAUAAAAAUCAACCUAUGUUACUAUUCAUUGGAUAUGUAUUAUCUAAAAUGAUCAAUGAUCAUUUUAGAUAUUAUCAAAUAUCUAAUCAUAAUAAAAAUAAAAAAUCUUCUCGAGUUAAUAUGACACUCAUUGAAUAUAUUAAAUCAUCUCCUAAACAUUAUAAAUAA